CUGGAGAGUGCCACACACCCGGUGGAACGUGGUGGACGAGGAAGGCAGAGAGGACAAACAUGCAGUGCUGUGGAGGUCAGUGCUUUAUCCUGCUCUGCAGAAAGCAGAAUUCCUGUCUCGGCCAAGAAUUAUCAGGACACAUCUCACCAGAGAUGGAACUGGCUCCCGUGGCUCGGGAUGGAACUGUGGAAAAGAUCCACGCAGUCUGUGCUGAGGAGCUGCCACGGCCAGCCCUGCUCCUCCUGCAGUCAGUGGUGGUGGUUUUGGUGAGUUUGUGAGGUGCAGUGUGAUCCUGGGUGAGGAAAUUGCCCAUUCCAGCUGCCUGGGCUGUAGAUCCAUGCUUAGAAUCAGCAGCUUUCUGUAGAAGAAAAUCCCAAGAUUUCAAACCAACACAUUUUUUCACCUACAUUUUUGCUUUCCACUGAGGUCGUUCCAACUAUGGAAGCAUCAGCAGGGAGUAAUAUGACUUAAAUUUCUGGGAAGCCUUCCAGGAAGGGGAAAUCACUGCAAGACCUUUUUUAACAGUUGGACUUUGAUGACCUUUUCCAGCCUAAAUGAUCCUAUGGUUCUAUAAAAUCACACCAGCAGAGGCACAAUCAGGAGAUAGCAAAGGAAAAGCACACCAAAGUCCCCACUGUUCGGCACUUACAAGCUUAAUUAAAGGGUAAUGUAAUCAAGCCAGUGAUUAAUCAUAAACUUUUUAUCAAUGGGAAAUGAAAGAUUUUCCCCGCCAGAGACUCCAGCUCACGUUUUGCUAUCACUGUAACUUCAUCAAGUCCAUGCACUCAAUCAUUCCCCACCUCCUCUGAGUCAGGAGCAGCUUCCAUGGAAUUAUACCAGGGCAAAACCAGCCCAAGGAGAUAAUGGCAAGGCAAUAGGAUCCCUUCCCUAAACCCCCAUACCUACAGAGAGCCAAACAAAUGGGUCUGAAUCCAUAUUCCUACCAGUGAUAAGGGAUUUUUUAUGGCACAAGCAGUGCAUUGCUUUGUAGAUAAGCUGCACGUUCCUUAAGGACAGGGAAUUCAGAAUCCCUGAGGCAAGGGAGUGCGUUAGCCUUGUUCCCAAAAGCACAGAGAGCAGCAUGAAAGACACCAGGAACCUCAUCCUGCUGAAUAAUAGUUACUAUAACAGGAGGGAAACAGAGGGGUGGGGGACACUUUGCCACAGCCAGCAAGGAUAAAAUGGCCAGGAGUUUACAUAUUCAGCUUCCCAUGAAAGGAAAAUAUCAGCCUGCCCAAUCCCUUCCUGCAGCUCUCCUCGUGCCACUGCAGCAACCCCACUGCCAAGCUAAGCCAGCCCGUAUAGGAACAUAAACACAGCCAGAAAUCAGACUUGGCAGCAAAUAAAGCCCGGGGUGGGAAAUGCCUCUCACUUAAAGUAUCUGCUGCUGUAAGAGGGUCUCUUUGUAACAAACUCCCACGCUGCAGCCUUAAAGCUUAAUGGUCUGUGAAAGUUAUUAUGCAGCGUUUUUAGCAUUGGGUUCCGUUCUGAGGGGACUUUAUGGUCUGUGUUACAGGAGAACGCUGCUAAGAUAAUCAUGCCCAUAAUGAAUCCUGGUAAUAGAAUAGCUCCUAAAAUCUUGACUUUUCACAAAUACACAGAGGCUAAACUGUCACUGAUGUGAUUUUCCCCCUGCUUCCCCAAGUCCAUCUGUUAGAGCUGCUAAAGAUCAAGGGCCAUCAGCUCUUUUCUUCUACAGACUGAACAGUGGAAAAGGCGCUUGGCUUCCAAGAGCCUAAUUCUGCACUUUUUUAUUCCCAGGCACAGACUCUUCAGGCACUAUCAAUUUGCCUUUUUUCUUUUUAAGGCAUGCCUGGUAUAAGUCAUGUCUGAAAUAUAAUUCCUUAUUUCUGCUACUGAUGACAGCUUAAAUGAUUAAAAGGAAUUUUUAAGUUCUUUGUAGGUUUUUCAUUUUCAUAUUAUUGUUAUUUUCCUUUCUGCAUUUCAUUCAGUUCUGGUAGCAGAAGGAGCCUUGCUGGAGUCACUUUUUCCUUCUGUUCAUUAAAACUAAUUCUAUUCUGUUUGCUUUUGAUGAGCAGUUAAAAGAAAAGGAAAUAAAAACACAGGUACUAAAUAGCCUGGAACACUCACCAACUGCAUAUACUUAGAGAAAAACUGAAUUUGCAUCCUACAAUUAUCAAGAAGGGCCCUUUAAGCUUGAAACAGGAGCGGAUUCUUUUAAACUUUCCCAGAGAAUAGCAGUGACCUUGCAGAUCAGAUAACCCAUGGUCUCCAAGAGUUCAAAUAUGUCAUCAAGACUUGAUUUUACUGCUCGAUGUUCCUUGGCCUCGUUGCUUCAACCAGGCUAAUUGCACCACUCCCCCACCCAAAAUAAAAAAACCAAAAAAAAACCCACAACAGGACUGCACAACCAGAUGCAACAUCAGCAGAGCAGAGCUGGGCACAUGGCAGGAGCAAGGAUAAAUGAGGCACUGUGUGGAAGGCUGGAGUGACUCUAAUCUGAUGGGUACCACAUAUUAAAGGCAAUGGAAACAUCUGAUUAAAAACCUGCUAGGUCUUUGCUCGGGGUCUUGUCACAAAGCCCUCACAGGCAGGCAGCCAAGCGCUGAGCAGCAGCACAAAUGGUCCAUGAUGAAAUCCACAGUCCUUCCACAGAAAACUUGCCUGGAGGAUACCUGGGGUCCUCAGAGCUCUGCUGCCUUUCAGUGUCUGCAGGGAGAGGCUGGGAUCUGCUAACACCACCCUUAACAAUCCAGACAGCUCUGCAAGCAUCGUCUGCCCCAGCCCAUGACCUCUGGGGUGUGUGCAGGAAGCCUCAACCUUUCCAAGAGGCCACGUGCCUUUGUCAGGUCCACACCCUUCAGCCUCUGUGGUUUUAUUCCAGAAAAAUUCCAGUCAGUCUUUGAGGAGAGAGGGGUGACCAUCCCAAAACCCCAGCACCUGCUGCAUCCCACUGAGAGGGUGAGCAUCCCAAACCUUCAGCAUCUCCUCAUCCCCCUGACAGGGGUGAGCAUCCCAAACCUUCAGCAUCUCCUCAUCCCCCUGACAGGGGUGAGCAUCCUAAACCUUCAGCAUCUCCUCAUCCCCCUGACAGGGGUGAGCAUCCCAAACCUUCAGCAUCUCCUCAUCCCCCUGACAGGGGUGAGCAUCCCAAACCUUCAGCAUCUCCUCAUCCCCCUGACAGGGGUGAGCAUCCCAAACCUUCAGCAUCUCCUCAUCCCACUGACAGGGGUGAGCAUCCCAAACCUUCAGCAUCUGCUGCAUCCCACUGACAGGGGUGAGCAUCCCAAACCUUCAGCAUCUCCUCAUCCCCCUGACAGGGGUGAGCAUCCCAAACCUUCAGCAUCUCCUCAUCCCCCUGACAGGGGUGAGCAUCCCAAACCUUCAGCAUCUCCUCAUCCCCCUGACAGGGGUGAGCAUCCCAAACCUUCAGCAUCUCCUCAUCCCCCUGACAGGGGUGAGCAUCCCAAACCUUCAGCAUCUGCUGCAUCCCACUGACAGGGGUGAGCAUCCCAAACCUUCAGCAUCUCCUCAUCCCAGUGAGAGGGGUGAGCAUCCCAAACCCUCAGCAUCUCCUCAUCCCCCUGACAGGGGCAAGCACCUCAAAGCACCCUGUCUCCUCUCACUUGCUUUGCAGCCAGCUUGGUUUCCCUGACACAUUUUCUCUGCUGUUCCCUUCCCCCUGGAUAUCCUGGCAGGAUGGAAGAGCCCACGAGCACAGGAAGUAAAAUCAUCCCAGUCGGCGUGAGAACUGCUCCCCUCUGUUCUGUCUCCAACAGGCUGGAGCUUGUGAAAUCAAACAGGGGCUGCAUGUUAGCACAAAAGCUGACUCCAGCCCAUCUCCGUGGAUUUUAGCAUUCACUGAGACUUUUACUUUCAUUUUUUAGGAGAAAUGGAUGCUUUUCAAAGUGGCUGAGGAAGUAACUGUCCUUGUCAACAAGCUGUGUUGGUUUUUCUCCAGGAUGGGUAUUUUAGGGAAGCCAACCAGAAGAAGAAUAAUCACUUUCAGCAACAGCUACUGUCUAGACUAGUUUAGCCUUAACUUUAAACCAUACCCUUAGGCUCCAGUUUAGCAAUGUAUUUAAACAUAUAUUUAAUAUUUAGGCACAUGAGUAAUUCCAGUGUACUUACUUAUUUAAAUUCAGGCACAUAUUUCAGUCUUUUCCUGAAUUAGCUUCUAAACCAUUCACAAUUUAGCCUCAUUUCCAUCAGUGCAAGUCAUUGUGCUACAUCAUUUGAUUACUGCAGAAGUAGGAAAAAUAUUCUUGGUAAUUUCUUGAGAAAAUUCUCCUGCUUUUAUACCAAUAUUUUGAUGGGGGUUCAGCUUUUUAAUCAGUUUCCUUCUCCAGCCUGCACUCAGAGGCAAAGCUGGGAUUCGAUGAAAUGCUCUGGUUGUGAAGGGAAUAUGCUAUACAGAGAUUUUAAAGAGGAGAGAUAAGGUGGGGGCAUAGCUUUCUCGUGCAUUUCAAGCAAAAAUGCAGCCACUCCCCUUUUCCAGAUCCUCCUUUUUCCCAAUAUUCUGGGACAUUACCUGUUCAGCACUCACAGCAUGGCACCACCAGCUUGUGGCUGGAGGAGACCUCUGUGUGUAUUUUGGGUUGAUGUAGUCACUGAUCAAAACUGACACUCAUAUUUUAUUUUGAUUUUUUUUUUUACUCUAAUCCCUCUGAAAUGGAAUACACACUCAGAAAGAUGAUCCCUCUUUUCAGUUUUCUUCUCCGAAAAGAGAAGCAUUCACAGUCCAAGGCUGCAAACCUGAGCAAUUUGGUCAAUGAUGUGAACACAAAUGAAAAUUACCCAACAAAAGAAAUUUGGUUGAGUUACAUAGCUUAUUUUCAUUCCUUGCAUCCUCUUCCAUCUUCCUCCCCUCAGGUUAAGAACCAACCAGAGGGGACAAAGCAGCUACUGCUGAUGCUGUGUAGUGUUCCAGACACAGCAAAAAAAAUACAAAAUAAAUAGGAUACAAAGAUGUAAUUCUAGGACUGUGUGUUUCCCCAAAAAUAUGCUAUUCCAUACUCAUUUUUAACCAAAUCGGGCUGCAUCUCAAGUAAAUAAGAAAAUACCAGUUGCAACAAAGAGCUCCAAUUAAGUAUAAAUAUUUCUGAAGGCUUCACUAAGACUGUAAUCUCAUCUCUCGAGGUUCUCAGUUCUUCACUUCCUUUACUGAUUUCUGGAAACAAGUGAGCCAGAUUCCCCAAAUCCUGACACCCUGCAUCAUUAUUUAUAUUUUCAUCAGUCUAGCAGGGGUGCUGCAGGUUUGAAAUGGCAGCACCCUGAAUCCACUCCUUUGGCGCACUCAUAAAGGUGCACAGACACACACACACGAGGCUCAAGGUGGUAGAAAGUCCAGGCAAAGUGAGUUUAUUUAAUUGUAGUCAUUAGUGCCAUACAUUACAGAUUCAAUCCUGCUCCCUUUGAAGUUGGUGGUAUUAAUCCCAUGGAAUUCAUGCGCUCUGAAAGAUGCCUGAGUUUUGCAAAUUUAUCAUUUUGCCAUCUACCCUCCGGGUCAAAACUAUAACCCAGCAUUUUAGACUUGUUUCCGAGCCAAGUUAUUUUUACUGAAGGUUCAAAGAAUGCAUAGCUGUCCUUGAGAGAUGUGCCAAUCCACUUUACAGCAAGGAUCAGCCUGGCUGAGGAUCUCAGAAGGGUCUGAGGGAUGCAGACAUCCUGCAGAUGAGCACAGCAGCCCCAUGGGAGAGCAUCCUUCCUCAGGGAGCAUUUCUGCAGCCCUCAUCAGUUUCUGAUCCAUGCUGAUUUACUUGCAGGGAAUUAUGCCACAAAACAGCUCCCUGCGUUUUUUGGUCUGUUUGUUUUAAAGAAUAAUAACAACAUUGUACUUUGAAAUUUUUGGAAUAAGCAAUCCAACAACAAAUUUCCAAAGGUAUUUAUUAUAUACCUUUGAAAGCCUCACUAUGCUGCAAGAGCGAGUGGCAGUUUGGGGAAUAGAGAAAAUGUUUCUUUACCUUGUAAACCGAGUGUAAAUGCUCUGUGUGGCCAAGAUGUGCAUACCCAUAUCAAACCCCAGUGUCUGUGGUGGCCAUUUUCCAUGCUGAUACAUUACCAAAACAUACUGUCAGCUGAGCAAAACAGAAACUGGAGCUGCUGGUUAUAAAAAUCAAAAUAUUCUCCACUAAAACACUUUCACUUUAAGGAUGCUGGUGCUUAAAUAUAUUGUUUAUUCACCUUGUUACUGUCUGUCAUGCCUCUCCACUUCUGGCAUGGCCUAACCAGAGGUUUCCCUCCAUGAAGAAAGAAGUAAAACCUUCCUCCCCUCCUUAUUUUUUCCCCCUGCAUUUAGCCCUUUUGCAUUUUCUUAGCCCCAGGAUGAAUUUGGGCUAAAUUCUACUAGCUCUGGGUCCGUCCCUGCCUGUUUGGUGCCAUCAGGGACACCCUGGCCACCCCCACCUUCCCUCCCACCCGCACUCGAUCCUCUCCCCGGCUUGGUGAUGGUUCCCGUACAGAAACCCUCUGGGAGCUUUGCUCCAUCGAAUUCCUCAUUUCAGGGAUGCCCUGGGGUUUGGGGCACACGGGAACGCCUCCAGGCGGGUUUGGGAUGUCUCCAGAGAGGGAGACCCUCGCCCGCCCUGGGCAGCUGUUCCAGAGCUCUGCCACCCUCCAGGUUCAGUUCUUCUUCCCUUUGGGGUGGAACUUCUGUUUUGUGUUUACUCCACUGCUCCUCAUGCUGUUGCUGGGCACACGGAGGGGUCUGGCACCUUCCUCUUGGCACCCCUGGGAGACUUUUAUAGGCAGUGAGGAGCUGCCCUCGCAGACUAACCCAGCUCCCUCAGUGUGACAGGAGAGCGGCUCCAGGUCCGAGAUGGCCUGCCGGACCCUCUCCUGUGCAGAGCAGUCCGGCCAGGAGUGGGAUUUUUCGGGGGAGCUGUUCUCUCCCGCAGAGUUGUCCGUGCGCCGCUCUUCGCGGCAUUACGGCGCGCACCGGCGGCGGCGGCACGCCAGGAAUGCGCGCUCCCGCGGCGGGGCCGCGCAGCGGCGGGGGCGGGAUGACAUCAUGAGAAAGUGGCGGCCGGCCCCGGCGUCGCCGGCAGCGGGCGGGCGCCGCGGGGAGGGGAGCGCCGGGCAGGCAGCGAGGGAAGGAGGGAGGGAGAGCGGGCAGGAAGGAAGCGCCGUCGGAAGCCCCCGGGGGCGAGGGCGGCGGAAGCGGCCGCAGCGCGCAUCCCUCAUCCCGCAUCGCAGGACGGGCUCGGGAGCGGGGCGGCCGGCGGGGAGCGCGCCCCGGGGCUCCGCUACGGGCACGGCAGCGGCCCGGGCGGGCGCCACCGCCCCGCGGCCCGGGCAGGUGCGGGACCGCCCGGCGCUGCCCACCGGGGCGAGCGGGGGCGGCCCGGCGGCGGCUCCGGCGCUGCCGCCCGGCCCGUCCCCUUUGUGUCGGCGGGACCGGGCGAGCCCCGGCCGAGAUCUGCCCGUCCCGCCCGGUAACAGCCCCGCGCCCCCAUUGGCUCCCGCGCCGCCGCUUCCUGCGGCCGCGCCGCCCCGCGGGGGCUCCCCGGGCCCCGCGCCAGCCCCGCCCGCCGCCGGCACCGCCCGCCCGCCGCGCUGCCCGCGCCCCGCCGCGCCGCUUUUAUGAAUGGAGCGGCGGCCGCGUGCUCCGGGGGGAACGGCACCUCCGAGAGCCCCGGCGGCAGCGGCAGGAUGCCCGGGCGGGGCUGCAGGGACAGCGACCCGUGGGCAUGGGCAGCGGGGUGCCCGGGCAGAAAUGGUGGGAAGGAAGGAGCUGGCGCGAUCCAAGGGAACGAGACGGGCUUGCCCUGCAGCCCCAAAGCUGCUCACAGAAAGGUGCUGGGGGCGCAGGGAUGUUAAUUCAAUGUUAAUUCAAUAGGCUGCCCCCGGAUGUGCGUUGGAGGCAGGUCCAAUUCCGGCCCGGGAGCGCGGGGCCGUGCGUGUUUCUUCAUUUAAUAUUUAAUAUUAAAACCUUCCCGGCCAGCUAAAGUAGUAGAAAGAAGCGCACAUCCUGUGCGUGAAGCACAAUAGACAGGAGGGACAGGGGACAGCUUCCUCGCUGAGGGACCCUCGCAGUCGCCCCACGGGCUGUGGCGUACAAGGGGAACUGAGAGCGUGGGGCCUCCAACAUCCUCCUCCUCCUGCUGCUCCUGACAGACGGAGACAAAAUGGAGACAAAUGCACAAGCCAACGAGUAAACGAGGAAAGAUGGGCAGACAGUCCGUGCAAAGAGAUUACAUAAACACACAACUGUGCAACAACAUGCCCUGUGAUCUUUGGCACCGCUCUCCCCGCGGGCCACGCAGGAGAGAUGCUGUGUCCUCCUGCACGGCCAGCAGCCCCUGCCACCAGCUGCAGUUCCUGCCAUCGGGGCUGCAGCCCCGGCAGGUAUUGCAGACACCCAGGUGAUGCUGCAGCACCGAGGCCGAGGUUAAUCCGUGCUCCCCCAUGUACGGCCCUCCUGCUUCUCCCUUUGGAGCCGGACAAGUCGCUUCUUCUCCCAUGCAUCGGCCUCGCCUGCGGUGCUCCCUGGUGGGCCUCAAGCCUCGCAAAGUGAGACUUUUCAGAGAUGCCCCCCUUUUUGAACAGAACCAGAGCGUUCUCAGGUACACGAUGGGGUUAUUUACGGCGGGGCCCCAUCACGCGUGGACAGAAUGUCCUGGAGACGCGGAUGAGGCCCCUGCAGGCUCCGGCUGCUGCCGGCACCUCCCUCACCGCCGGCUCGGCUGCCCAUAGGUGCUGCAGGGAGCCCCGGCCACCAUUUUGCGGCUCCGCUGGGAUGUUUUUCCUGGGUGGCGGUCAGCGCCGGGGGUGGGGAGCCGAGCGCGGCCUUCCCUGUGCGCUGCCACCGCCCGCGCCCGGGAUUAGCUCUGCCCUGGCCCCUGCCACCUCCGUGCGCCUCUGGGAAGGGGGAACCUUUAAAGUGAAAGACCUUUAAAAAACAAACAAGAUUAGAAAAAGAACCGUCUUGCAGAGGGGUGGACACCCCAAUUGUUUAAAAAUUUUGGUGUGCGGCAAAACCAUCGUGGCUGGGAAAAAACAGGACUGAGGAAACAGGAAAAGGGUUUUCCAUUGGGAUCAGCUGCAACGAGUUGGCAUUCAGGUAGGGAGCGUGCCUUUUUAAAGGGCAGGAUGGCAGGGACACGCCGGCGACAGCACUAAUAAUAAUAAUAACAACAAUAAUAAUAUUGGUAGCAAACUGCAAGGCACUGGUGCUGCUCCGCUCCCCUCCCCGGUGCCCCUGUAAAAUAAUACUAAGUCUCCUUGCAUUUCUCUCCCUGGUGUCUGUGUGUGGCCUUAGCCCCAUUCAUCAUUUGGCUCCCAGUGCAGAACUGGCUCCAUUUUUAAAAUUAUGCAUGAUCCACUGAAGAGACAAUUUGGGUUUCCCCCACCUCUCCCUUGCCCUUGAAGAAAGCGAGCCCUUGUCUCAUUUGCAUUAAAACCCUGCUCUCUAUAAGCUAAGCAAAGGGGAAGGACUUGAAGCCUAUGGGAUGGCUUUAGGGCUCUGCCCCUUGCUUUUGGCUCUCUCUCUCUUUCUCAUUCUCUCUCGUGCUUUGAUCUCUGCUUAACAACAGUAACGUCACAGGGACUACACCAGGAGAGUUUUGUUGGAAGUUAGAAAGUUUUGCAGCCUCCAGAGGGCUGUAGCGGCAGUAGCAGAAGCAGCAUCCAAGGGACUCCUGGAAGGGGAAGAGAGAGAGAGCGAGCGAGCGACUGACUCAGUCCUGCUGCAGAGAGCUGACUCGAGGCGACCAAGG